AUGUAUCAGCUCCUUUCCUCGAUAAGCUACGAUACAUCUCUACUGUCACUAGGGUGGAAUAACGACCAUGACACUCCCUCUCCUUUUCUCCAACUGCCUUACCAUCAUGAUCGCCUUCUGGACGGCGCCGAACGACAUGGGUGGAGUGUCUCUCUAGCCUUUUCCGAGCUGAAGGAAAAGUGUCUUCAAGCUGUCAAGGCAACGAAAGCGAAAGACGGCCUGGCACUCAAGCUCCGUAUCACGCUCUCUUCAACUGGCGAGCUGAGUAUCACUACUUCUCCCAUCCCUCCUUUGAAGUUGGACCCAUUAUCCGAGGCAUACUUCCUUCCACCGCCUCAAGAUGAUGCGAACUCGGAUUCUUUUGGUGUUCAAAACUCCGGUACCAUCAGUCUAACUCUUGACACUUUACCAACUCCCUCCUCCAUCUUCACUUCCACCAAAACAACGCAGAGGCCACACUAUGACGCUGCUCGUGCGCGUGCUGGUUUAAAAUCCUAUACGGACCCGGUAGACGUGAUUUUGUUUAACGAACAAGGUCUAAUAACGGAAACGUCCAUCGCAAACAUCGCAUUUUAUCGAUCGCCUUACGGUUGGUUGACGCCCGCGAAAGAGACUGGGUGUCUCGAGGGUAUCAUGAGGAGGAAACUGUUGGAGGAACGCAAAAUUAAGGAAGAUAGGGAGGGAACAUUGAAGAAGGAGAAUUUGAAGGACAGGGAGGAGGUUUUGGUGUUUAAUGGGGUUUUUGGGUGUCAGAGGGCACGGAUCAGUUUACGCUGA